AUGGUUGAGACACGCUCCCAGGCACGGGGAAAGCCCCUCAAGAAGCCAGGUGCAUACAACACCGACUUGUACUAUCAAGAGAAGGAUGAGGGCUUUGGAGACGUGGGCGUGGAUCAGGAGCCUGACGCCGGGGCCGUGGACAACCCAUCAGAUCCGGACUUUAGGGUGAAGAAGUCGGACCUGGAACGCGCCACUGAGGAAGCGGAACGAGACGUGGGGGGCAUCGACGUAUCCGAGCUGAAAGCGGAAGUGGAGGAUCUACAACGCCCCGCUGACACAGGCAAGGAGGAGCUCGAUGCUGCCGGUGAGCCGGUCCCCAUCGUGGAUGCCAACAGGGAGGGCGGUGGACCCACCAUCGAGGAGCAGGAACAGAACAUCCUAGCGGGAGAAGAUAAAACUGCUGAACACGAAGGCGCGUGA